AUGUCUGCAGCAGACAGGCACGACCCGUUUGCCCCUGAAUCCUCCUCAUCUCACCAGCACAGCGAACCGCCCUCGUCCGAGGACCGAGACGAACUCGACUUUCUCGGCGGUGAUGACGACGACGACAACGUCGACCGCACCGUGCUCGAAGACGAUCCAAUUCAUCACGACGAAUUUGACACGUCCAUAUCGUUUAAGCGAAAGUCGAAGCCCUCGCUCCUUGCCAGCCCUGGGCGGCUGCUGUCCGCGCUGACUGGCAGCAGCGGUAGCGGCAGCGGCGGUGAUGGGACCGGCAGCAACACGGCCAGCAGGACGCCGCCUCGGACGCCUGCGGCAUUUCCAAAUCUGUCAUCGCCUCGAAGGACGGGCGGCAGCAACGGAGCCGCCGCCUUAAAUACCAAGGAUGGGAGCACCGCCGCGGCGGGGGCGCUGGACUGGCACAUCGAGGGCCCCGGGCGGCGCGUCGGCUACGACGACCUCACGGCCAUCGACUGGAUCUUCGAGUACACCAAGGAGCGGCAGCGGCUGCGCGCGCUGACGGCCGACGCCGGCAGCAGCCUGGUCGGGCACGCGCGCCGCUUGAUCGACGCCAGCCAGGUCUGGGUUGUCAUGGUGCUGACGGGCCUGGCCGUCGGCGCCAUUGCCGCGCUCAUCAACAUCACCGCCGACUGGCUCGGCGACCUCAAGCUCGGCUACUGCGCCAGCGGGCCCCCGGACGGCGGCCACUUUUACCUCAACAAGGGCUUCUGCUGCUACGGCUACGACCAGGGAUCGAAGUGCACCGGCUGGCGCUCCUGGAGCGACGCGCUUGGCCUGCACGCCGCAGCUGGGCGCUGGAUCAUGGAGUACAUUCUUUACCUGUUUCUGUCUGUACUGUUUGCUCUGUGCGCUGCCGUGCUCGUGCAGGAAUACUCCAUCCACGCCAAACACAGCGGCAUACCAGAAAUCAAGACCAUCCUCGGCGGCUUCGUCAUCCGCCGUCUGCUCGGCGCCUGGACGCUCGUCGCAAAAUCCCUUGGCCUUGUUCUCGCCGUCGCGUCCGGCAUGUGGCUCGGCAGGGAAGGUCCCCUCGUCCACGUCGCCUGCUGCUGCGCCAACCUCUUCACUAAGCUCUUUGGCAACAUCAACGGUAACGAGGCGCGGAAGAGAGAGGUUCUGUCUGCGGCUGCCGCAGCAGGCAUCUCCGUCGCGUUUGGCUCGCCCAUUGGCGGAGUGCUGUUCAGCCUGGAGCAGCUGUCGUAUUACUUCCCCGACAAGACCAUGUGGCAGAGCUUCGUCUGUGCCAUGACGGCUGCCAUGUCGCUGCAGGCCUUUGAUCCCCUGCGCUCUGGGAAGCUAGUCCUGUACCAGACCAAGUACAGUCGAGACUGGCACGGGUUCGAAAUCCUUCCCUAUGCGAUUCUCGGUAUCAUGGGAGGUGUCUAUGGCGGACUCUUUAUCAAGACCAACAUGUUUGUCGCGCGCUGGAAAAAGGCCAAUGGCUGGCUGCCCGGGCCCAUCACCCAGGUGCUCGCCGUCGCCCUACUAACCGCCCUCAUCAACUUCCCCAACCACUACAUGAAGGUGCAGUCGACUGAGCUUGUGUCGAACCUGUUCCAGGAGUGCUCGAAAGUGCUCGAAGACCCCGUCGGCCUGUGCACGACCGGCGCCGCGUCCGCGCGCACCGUCGUCCUACUGCUCUUCGCCGCUCUUCUCGGCUUCUUCCUCGCCGCCGUCACCUUUGGCCUGCAGAUCCCGGCGGGCAUCAUCCUGCCGUCGAUGGCUAUUGGCGCGCUCGUCGGCCGCGCCGUCGGCAUCCUCACCGAGAUGCUCGUCGAUAGCCACCGCGGCUUCCUGCCCUUCCGCGCGUCAUGCGCGCCGGACGACGGCGCGCCGUGCGUCACGCCGGGCACUUACGCCAUCAUCGGCGCCGCCGCCGCGCUCGCCGGCGUCACGCGCAUGACCGUCUCCAUCGUGGUCAUCAUGUUCGAGCUCACCGGCGCGCUCACCUACGUGCUGCCCAUCAUGGUGGCCGUCAUGCUCGCCAAAUGGGUCGGCGACGCCCUCGCGCGCCGCGGCAUCUACGAAUCCUGGAUUCACUUCAACGAGUACCCGUUCCUAGACAACAGCGAGGCGGCGCCGCCGACGCUCCUCGCCGCCGACGCCGCGCAGGUCAUGACGCGCAUCGAGGACCUCGUCGUCCUCACCGCCACCGGCCACACCAUCGCCUCCCUGCACGACGUCCUCGCCGCCCACCCCUGCCGCGGCUUUCCCGUCGUCUCAGACCCGCGCGACGCCGUCCUCCUCGGCUACAUCUCCCGCGCCGAGCUCAGCUACAACGUGCGCGCCGCCUCGGCGCCCCCGCGCAGCCUGCCUCCGCUCACAGAGGCCUUCUUCGCCCACCAGCCGCUCGCCGACCCGCGCACCACCCUCGACCUCCGCCCCUGGAUGGACCAGACGCCCCUCACCCUGCCCUCCCGCACCAGCCUGCACCUGGUCGUCUCGUACUUUCAGAAGCUGGGAUUGCGCUACGUGCUCUUCAGCGACCGCGGGGUGCUGCAGGGCCUGCUGACCAAGAAGGACGUCUGGUACGUGCUCAACGGCGCGGACGAGACGCGGCGCACGACGGCCGGCGGUGUUCGGGCGGGGGCGGGUCGCGCCGGCGGUAGGGGGGCGACGGGGUCGGGCCAGGACGGGGCGUUGCUGGUGUCAGACGACGAAGCGGACGAUGAUGGGGUCGCUCGUCCAAGCAGUCCGAUGCUGUAA